CCCCUUCCCCGCAGGUCUCGAGGUGCUGGUGUCCUGCCCCGUCCGGAGCCUGAGGUCUGGCGCGCCCCUUCGCCUCCCGACGUCACCAAUGCGACCAUGGGAACUGGCGGUGAAUAGGCGGCUGCCCUCUGCCCCCUUCACCCAGCGGCGAUUCUCGGGGGGGCCCUGCAGCAGCCCCGAGCACCUGCGGCGAAGCCCCCCCGCCAGGCGUCAGUGGGCACGGCGCGAGCGACCUCUGCAAACCCUUCUGGCCCAGGAUGAGAGCUACCCGCUGCCGGCCUUCGCCCAGCCCCAGGCGCCGCCCCUGCCGCAGCCCGUCUCCAUAGAUGAGCCCCGCGCCUACGCCCUGGCCAGCACGCCGCCACGAAUGCUGCACCCGGCUGCGCACCCGCCCCACCAGAACCCAUUCAUGGUGGAUCUCCACGAGCAGGUGCACCAGGGCCCCGUCCCCCUCUCCUACACGGUGACCACGCUCACGACACAAGGCUUCCCCCUCCACACGGGCCAGCACAUCCCCGGGUGCAGCGCGCAGCAGCUCCCAGCAUGCUCCGUGAUGUUCAGUGGCCAGCACUACCCGCUCUGCUGCCUCCCGCCCCCGCUGAUCCAGGCAUGCGCCAUGCAGCAGCUGCCCGUCUCCUACCAGACCUUCCCCCCGCUCAUCUCCAGUGACCAUUACAUCCUGCACCCGCCACCGCCCGUGCCGCCGCACCAGCCCCCACACAUGGCUCCCCUCGGCCAGUUUGUCCCUCUGCAGGCCCAGCACCCACGCAUGCCUCUGCAGAGGAUAGACAAUGAUGUGGAGUUGCGGGGGGAGCAGCACCCCAUCGGGGGCUUCGCUUACCCGCCCUCGCCCCAUGGCCCGGGUCUGUCCCCGUCCGUCCCGCUCCAUUACCUGCCCCAUGACCCACUGCACCAGGAGCUGCCGUUCGGCGUGCCAUACCCCCACAUGAUGCCACGACGCCUGAGUGCCCAGCGGUACCGACUGCAGCAGCCCCUGCCGCCACCC